CUCCCUCCCCUCCCCUCCCCUCGCCGUCUUCCCUCCGCCAUCGACGUUGACGGUGGCGAGCUUGGCGACGCCGCACGAGAAACCGCGCCGCGCCGAUCAAGCGCCGACAAGCGAAAAGCGUUUCGAUUCGCUUACGUCGGAUUCCAGCGAAAAGCUUCCCGUGAAAAGUUCCGAACUGAAUUUCUCCUUUCGUUUUCCCCGGUGCUGUCCCGCUCCGAUGAGAUUCUCUCCCGGGUUGAUGUCCUGACAAGAGUAGGCGGUUCUGUCGAAAGCUGUAGAGCAGUCGAAGAAAAAUGGCAGCUUGAUUAGUUAUGUGUGGAGGAGUUACUCUCAGUCUUACCCGUUAACUGGAGCCAGAUAUCUGGUCCAGGCAUCUCGAUGGAAGACCCGCGGCAUAAUUCCACCUUGAACAAAAACCCUGAAACCGCUAGUUUUGUUCCUGGGAAAAAGGUUUCUCAGAAGUCUUUGGUUGCAGCGAGGCCAAAAGCAUUCUCUAAGAAUAAAUUCAGUUACAGGCACAUAGCUUCCCUGGGACAUGGCAGAAUUAGAAGUGGUGUAUUGGGUGAUGUAGCAUUCUUUUUGCUCAAAGCUGCAGCACUGGAAACUGUGAGGAGGUUUUCCAGGGCCAAGUGUCCAUUUGUUUGGCGCGGUCUUCAGGCUUUACAAUUUCUCUGUUACCCACCAUUAAAGUGGUUACAGAGAUGGGCUUCCUUCAGGGGUUUGGUGAAAGGCAUGCAGACAUUGUCCAGGCCUCUAUUAGCUCUAUCAGUAGCUACCGCAUUUUCUGAUCAAGAAGAGCCUACCUCUGAAAGUUCGGACGCUGUGAGUGACUCCCAAGCAUAUUCUAAUGCAUGUUCAGAUCCGGCUACUUUGCAGCAUACUUCAGAUACUAAGUGCAUGAUCUGCAAUGAAGCUCCUCAGAUUUUAGCAUCAGAAAAUUGGUUAGUCCGUUUGCAUAAAGAACUGGAGGAUCAAGGGAUUACUUUGCCAGAUAGAAUGGAUGAGGAUGAGCUCCGUAGAUUUUAUGUUGCCGCAAAUGGUGAUUUCUCAUCCUUUGUGUUCUCAGUUAAGAGGACAAUUCGUUGGAGGGAAACUUACAGACUCCUCACUGAGGAAGAACUUCAGGUUUGGUCAAAUUUACUCUUCUGGCAUGGAUUUGAUUUGAGACAUAGACCAUGUCUCAUAGUGCGGCUUGGCUUCGCUUUCAUCAGCUUGCCAUCACAUGAGAGACCUCGCUUCUCUCAAGCUAUCAUAUCUCAGGUGGAACAUGGAUUGCUUCGCUUGGUUAAUUCUGACAGCACCCGAAUUACAGUUGUCGUCGACUGUCAGGGUUUAUCUCCAUAUAGAAUUCCCAUGCAAAUAAUGAGAUCUUGUUUGUCCCUUCUGCAAGAUCAUUUCCCAGGUCGGCUUGGUUGUGUGUUUGUCAUACGACUUCCCCCUGUUUUGCGAGUUAUUGCCCAGACUCUACUACAGGUUCUGAGACCUGCUACUCGAGAGAAGCUGAGGAUUCACGGGAACAUUUAUCAGAAGGUUCUUGCCGAGUGUCUUCAGACACUCCCAUUGUAUCUUGGUGGAAAUUGCAAUUGCACGAACUGUAGAAUCAUGAGCAAUCGUGGCAUGCAGCAACCUUCUGAGACUGACAGCCCAAUUUCUGGGGCUGAUCUUUCUGAUGUUGAGGACAGAGAGGAGCAAUCUCAUGUCCAUAAUUGUGAGUGGCAUAUGGAUGGCAACACUAACUGGGAUCUGGCGGUGAAAACAGCCCUGCUUGUCGUCCUUAUGUUUGUUGUUGUAGUUACUCUGCUAUCUGAUCCAGAGAACCGUCCCUCACAGUUCUCAUGAGAUAUGCAGCCGGCUGAUGGGGACACUUUCUUAGAAACUAAGGGAAGGUCCUUUAGGAAAAUUUGUUUUAGCAUUGAUGCCUCCUCUAGUGGAGAGUAGUCUGGAAGCCAAGAAUUUAUGCCGGUAGAGAUGUUUUUUGGUCCUAGUCCGUGUUGAUUUCCUGCUUAGUUUCUUCCGGCAAAUUGCCAGAAUCAUAAUAGUUCUCUCUUGGUUGUUGGUUCUUGGGAUUUCGAGAUUGUUUAAUGUGGCCAUAAUAGUAGUGUAGAGUCAAGAUAAGAAAUGUAGGAGACCAUUAGCCAAAGCAGUCAUUAGGUUGUGGAGUUUGACCGCGAGAUGAAAGGAAGAAGCAGAAAGACAAAAUGCACGAGAGAGAGAAGCACACUAGGAACGAAACAAGAGGGGAACAAUACAAGAACGGGGGACAACUGGAUAGAGGAAAAGGAAGUUGCGGACUGGUCAUCUGUCAAUAAGAGCAGUAACUUGCACUUGGUGUUUACGAACACUUUGGUAUUGGUGGUGUUCGCGGAGAUAGAUGUCUCUCUGCCUGAAGCUGAAAAAAGCCAGAGUUACCCGUGCAAAAGUGUGGCCUCUGUGGUUUACUUGAUAUAACGUGAAAUGCUAUUUCUAAGAUUUCUGCUUGCGCUGCUGCGAAAGCGUAUGGUCUUCAGUGUAAUUGCAGAGUUGCGAACCCCAGGAGAUUUCCUUUCCAGUUUUUGGGGAACCACUUGACUGUUCUUAUCUACAUUGGGCAGCAAUCCUUUCCUUAUAAUUUUACAAGUGGCAGUAGGAUUUUUAA